AUGGACACUCAGUUUUUCUCCCCGUUGCUGGGAGCAGUCCAGCCCCCCACGCCUCCGGAGCCCUCCCGGCUGGGCAGCGACUGGCCGGGAUGUGCCGAGGAUUUUGGAUCCCAAACUGGCUUCCAGGAGUGUCCAAAAAAAAGGGCACCAAUAAAUCUUUCUUACUCUGGCAAUGGCCCUGAUGUGUUUGGGUUGGUGUCAAGCAUUUUGGAGGAGCCAAACAAGGCAGAACCAGCUACAGAUUGGAAUUCUCUCUCAAGAUUGUUUCCCCCUGUGUGGGCACCUGAUCUGGGCAGCAACGGGGAGUUCCCAGGGCUCCCAGCUCAGCACCGUGUCCAAAACAAGGAUUUUCCCAACUUGCUGGGCACCAGCUGCCACCAGGAGCCCCUGCAGGAACCUCCUGAGGUGGAGAUGCUGCACAGAGGCUUGGGAGACCUUCAGCUCCUCGAGUCUUGGCUCUCUCCCCGUGCUCAUCCCGGCAAUGCCUACCUCGAGAAUCCCUCUUUGCAGAGCAGCGCCACAGCUCCCCGGGAAGGGUUUUCCUUCCCAAACUGGAGCUGGAAUUUGUGCUCUUACGACCGCGGGAGGUUAAACGGCGGCGAUGAAAAAUGCGGUUUUAGCCCUUUUUCUCCUCGGAACGGGAUGAAGGAAAGCCCCAGCGUCCAGAAGGAGUUUUGGAAAAGCGAAAGAGCGAGAGGAAAAGCUCAAAAUUACGCUCAAGGACAAACUAAGUAUUCCCCUGAUCUUUGCAAUCAGCCUGGUGAUAACUCUUGGGAUAAAGUACCCCAGGGCAGCCAGCUGUUCCCUAAAAGAUAUGAAAACUUCACGGCUGCUCACAAGCUGCAGUUGCCUGUCCGUCCAUCACUUCAUUUCUUCAAUCAAGCCCCUAAGGAAAAGAAUUUUUCUGGAGGAACGGGCAGAAAACCCCAGGAAAGCCACGUGCAAAAUGGCCACUGUGGCUUUACUUUGGGGGAUGCUUUCAACAAUAAUAAUAAUAAUGAGUGUAAGAUGAAUAUGGGCCCUAAGGAAAGCUCUCCCCAAGUAGCCGAAUAUGAUUUAUCUGUGAAAAAUGCUGUGGAAAAUGGGAGUUAUUCCUCAUACCAGGGGUGUGCCUGGCUGGAUGGGAAAAGCCUGGCAGCUGCAUCUGAAAUUCCACAUGGGAAACAAAUGGCAACAAGCCCCCAGUCAUCUUCAGGUGUUUCCACCAUGUCUGGGGGCUCUCCCACCCACCAGCCUUUCACACAGCCCUCCUACUGCUCCCAGCUCCUUCCCGCCCUCCCUCCCAGGAAAGAUGGGAGGUUACAGAUGUCAAAUGGAGUUUCCAGUCGUUUGGGGGUUCCUCAUUUCAUCUCAAAGAGCCAGAAGCAGGUGAGAGCCGUUGGGAGAGCACAGGAGGAUGCCGGGAUGAGCAAGGAGGACCGGCACGGCAAAUUCCCCGUUCGUUUUUCACCCGACUGGUCGGCGCAGCAGAAAGCUGCGGGUGAAGGCCCUGCUGAGAAAUUCCACAGGUUCCCAAAGAGGCCGGGCCAGGAGGGGGGUGGUAAAGAUGACAGAAGAGGUAGAAGGAACUGGAUCCCUCACUUGGGAUCUACGGCUCCAAACGGCCAGCCUUUCAACUCGUUUCCGAAAAAGCGUGAGCACGAUGGCGGCAGCCUGUCGGAUUUCAUCAGUCCUUCUCUGCUUCCUCCCUUCCCACUCGUGCCUGAUUUUAAGCAAAAUCCCAGCUUCCCCCCAUUUAACCACCAACUGUUUUCGUCGGCAAAUCAUUUUAAUUUCCCCGCGCCGCCGUUUCCAUUCUCGGACCUCGUUGAUGUUUUUCACUGCGACGACUUUAACCCCUUGAGUCCCUUCAUCGGCGAUCUCUUCUCUGGGGAAAUCGCUGCCCCCUGCUUGGCCUUUCCCACCCCGUUUAACAAGUGCAGACCUCCCAGGAGCCGCAGUGGCCCUGCUAACGAGCUCCACGUCCGGCUGGAGGAGUGCUACGAGCAGUGGAGAGCCUUGGAGAAGGAGAGGAAGAAGACCGAGGCUGAGCUUGCAAGGCACUUCCCAGGGCAGCCAAUCUCCAGCUCUGUCUCUAGCCCCGUGUCCCGGCUCCCUGCCAACCCAUCCCGCGUGGAUCGCCUCAUCGCCGACCAGUCCCGGGAACGAGCCAGGGUGCUGGCACUGAUUGGAAGAAUGGAGAGGCUCUGUGGCGCUCCCGUGCACAGGAACGUCUCCAGGACCUUGGAGCUCCACCUGGAAGCCAUUCAGGUGACCCAGGCACGUCGGAAGGAUGAGAUUGGGAAUGCUGCAGUCCCCCAGGGUCACGGGGUGCCACGCUACAACAACGAGAAAGAUGUGCUGGCCCUGGCAGCUGCCCUGCGAGCCCUGGCUGGUGCCACGCGCAGGGCUCGCACCGCGCUCUGGUGCGCGCUGCAGGCGACUCUGCCAAAAUCCUCUCCUGCUGGACCCGAAAAUCACCGAGAGCUCCUUCAGGAGGCACUGCAAGAGCUUUGUUCUUCAAGCACAAGCACCCAGGAAAAAAGCAGCGUGGAGCACGACAGCAGGGGAAGUGGAAAAGCUGAGGAAGCGACGAAGAUUUUGGAAUAAUCGCGGAUAAUAAAAGGAGAGCCGAGGAAUGGGGAGGGAAGGGCUCAGGUCCUGCCCAGCACCGUGAGAGGUGGAUUUCAUAGGAUGCCAGGAAGCAAAAAAUGGGUUUAUUAAGGUGCCUGGUCAGGGCUGCAGUUGUGGGAUUCUGGUGUGUAGACACAGCUUGUGGUGGUGAUAACGCAAUUUUAAUAUUGCUGGUGUCUGCUGCUGAGAAUUUUAAAGUUCAGAGGAGCUGAGCUUUUCUUCCUGUGCUUACCCAAAGCUCUGAGUCCGGCCAGGACCUGAGCAACCAGAGUGUGGCAGAACUUAAUUCUCCUUUUUUAAAUUUUUUUUUUUUUUGGUUAAUUUGACAGUUUAGCAUAUUUAAAGGCACUCAACAAUCGUUGAGGGUUUGUUUUAUUUUUAUUUUUUGCACCAUGUGUGGUUCUUUGCAGCGCCAAAGCCCUCACCGAGUGGUUUGCACCCCAUCACCGUGUCAGGAGCUGCUGUGGUGGUGUUUUUUGUGGAAGUUUCUCUCUCAGUUUGACAGGAAUAAUCAGUGUUGGGUGCUGGAUGUGUGAGAGGCUUCAGCAGCUGUGCUGCCAGUUUGGUUUCCAGCAAAACCGGUGUAAACUGAGCUCUCCCAUAGGAUUGUCCACUUCCACUUUUCCACUAAAAAAUGGAUUUUUGUAGCUUUGCAUGGAAGUGCACAUUAGCAGGUGAUAGAAAACUCGCUCAGGAUGGGAAAUUAGAUUUAGCGAUUCCUCAGUGAGUUUAAAACCAGUAACAAUGUAACACAAUAUGCACUUAAUUGAAAAAAACCCCCCAAUUAUUAUUUGUUACUAAUAUAUG